UGCAUCGCUACAGCAGGCUGGAGUGUGUUCAUUCUGGUGUUGUUGGCUGAAGCAGAACGGUCGUCGCGUCUCUGAGUGGAUCCCAGUGAAGCUGCCUGCUGCUUUCUGACCCGCAUUCAUCUGAGUGGAGCCGUGACACGGUUUGAGGAGCCACAGUGUGAGCCUGGGAAGGAGAAGGGGAAGAUUGAAAGGAGGACGCACACUCAAGCACUUGCCCAGAUGGAGUAACUGAGAAGCCUGAAGCACAGGGCACAAGAGAUGAGGGCUCACACACGUGUUCUCCUGUGAAUGGAGCAGGGUGAAGAGUGAGAAUGCGUUUUCUGGCCUCCCGGGUCCACUACAAGACCCUGAUAGUGAUCUGCGCCCUUCUCACUCUCGUCACCGUGGUGCUAUGGAACAGGUGCACCAAUGAGAAGGUGUUACACGCCCUACCCAGGGCCCCUUUAGCCCCGCCCAGCCCCGGAGCAGCCGGACUUCAGCAGCAGGCCCAGCCCCCUGAGGCCCCACCAGUGGUCGGAGGCGGAGUCAGAUACGAGGAGAUCGACUGCCUCAUCAAUGAUGAAGUCACGAUUAAAGGGAGGCGCGAGGGCACGGAGGUCUACAUGCCCUUCACCUGGAUGGAGAAAUACUUUGAGGUGUACGGCAAAAUGGUCCAGUACGACGGCUAUGACCGCUUCGAGUUCUCGCACAGCUAUUCCAAAGUGUACACUCAGAGGGAACCGUACCGCCCCAGCGGGGUCUUCAUGUCCUUUGAAGGCUACAAUGUGGAGGUCCGUGACCGAGUGAAGUGCAUCAGUGGCGUGGAAGGAGUGCCUCUGUCAACACAGUGGGGUCCUCAGGGUUAUUUCUAUGCCAUUCAGAUAGCACAGUAUGGUCUGAGUCACUUCAGUAAGAACCUGACGGAGCGAGCGCCCCAUGUCGAGGUGUAUGACACGGCUGAGGAGCACAACAGCAAGCCAAACGCGUGGAGCAUUUCCAAGGGCUGCACACUUGCCACAAGCUACGACAAGACCCGGGCCUCCACUGUCCGUCUGUUUAACGCUCCAGAGAACUCUGAGGGCAUCUCUCUUUCUCUUGGCAACACAAAGGAUUUCAUCAUCUCCUUUGACCUGAAAUUCACCUCCAAUGGCAGUGUGUCUGUCGUACUGGAAACAACUGAGAAGGGGGCUCCAUUUGUGAUUCACUAUGUCACUACCACUCAGCUCAUUGCCUUUAAAGACCGCUCCAUCACCUAUGGAAUUGGGCCUCGUUCAGCCUGGACCACAGUGACCAGGGACCUCGUCACCGAUCUGCGCAAGGGCAUUGGCCUGUCUAACACCAAGGCGGUCAAAGCCACCAAGACCAUGCCACGGCGCGUCGUCAAAAUGGUUUUGCAUGGUCGAGGUGCCAUCGACAACGUGGCAAUCUCCACUACAGCGCACAUGGCUGCUUUCUUCGCUGCCAGCGACUGGCUACUAAAGAACCAGGAUGAACGCGGCGGCUGGCCAAUAAUGGUAACCCGCAAGCUGGGUGAGGGCUUCCGGCCCUUAGAACCUGGCUGGUACUCAGCAAUGGCGCAAGGCCAGGCCAUGUCUACCCUGGUAAGGGCGUAUUUACUCACCAAGGAUGAGACAUAUCUGAAAGCAGCUCUGCGUGCCACAGGUCCUUAUAAGGUGCCAUCUGAGAAACAUGGUGUUAAAGCUGUCUUUAUGAAUAAGUACGAUUGGUAUGAAGAGUAUCCAACUACACCAAGUUCAUUUGUCCUCAACGGCUUUAUCUACUCUUUAAUCGGGCUCUAUGACCUGGCACAGACAGCAAGCGAUGAGGACGGACACGAGGCAGCACGACUAUACGCCAAGGGCUUGGAAUCGCUCAAGGCUAUGGUGCCACUUUAUGACACCGGUUCGGGCACCAUUUAUGAUCUGCGUCAUUUCAUGUUAGGCACUGCGCCCAACCUGGCACGGUGGGACUACCACACUACACACAUCAAUCAGUUGCAGUUGUUGGCUUCCAUCGAUGACUCUCCAAUCUUCAGGGACUUCACCAAGCGCUGGAAAAGCUACAUGAAAGGAGGACGAGCCAAGCACAACUAGAACUGCAGGCAAUGGUGGACAAAUGCCCGCUGGCACUCGGCAUAAAACGCCUCAAUCCCUGAGGGGAAGCUGAGUUAGCCUAUGGAGUAAGAACUGAGGGUAAAGCCCAGAGUGGUCUUGCUAAAUCCUGCUGCAGUUUCCAGCCAUUAGUCAUGGCUAACCUCUCGGUUUUUUUGGGUUUGAAACUAAUCUGUGCUGGAGGCUCUAAUUAAGUACAAAUGCAGUGUUUGUGGCAGAAGUGUGUAUGGUUGAAUUGGGGUGGUAAUUUGCUUGAUCUAAAUCUGCAGGUGCGGGAUCCAGCACGAUUAGAUGUUUGCGCACACUUGGGCGUGGGGAUAUCACAGUUAUUAUCACAAUCUUCUUCCAAAAUUCUCUCUUGAUACUUGUGUCGACGUCAAUCUUGAUGAUAAUUGGGAAAAUACAACCUUCAUGACUUAUCAGGCAUACGCAAUAUAAGUAAUUAAGUAGUCUUUUGGUCACACGGAAAUGUAACCUGGGAAAUGCUUCCAACUCUUUGCUGUCUCUGUAAUUUGAGCUCCGCUCUGAUAGAGACAUGGUUCUUAGCUCAGUAACAAACCUCAGGCCCCACAAUUAGAUUAUUGUCCUUCCUACCCUGCCGGAGUGUUCCACUACACUUGGUGUGUUUUAAAAGAUGGGGGGGGGGGAUCUUGCCACUACUAACUGGCAUUUAUGUUCUCAAAAAGGUAAUGGGUUUGUGCCGAGAUCUGAAUAAUCAAAAUGCAGUCUGCUGUGGAAACGUUGGUGUGUUUGUAACAGCAGAACUUUUUCGGUCAACCUACUAGGUAUGAUUUAUUAUAAUAGACAGGAUGCCAGGUCACCAGUCAUAUGAGAAAACAUGGAUUAGAUAAAGAAUUAUAAGUCUGGGGGAAAAAAAAUCUUGUCAGAACAAAAACAGUUGGUUUGCAGAAAUGAAGGAAAGUCUGUGGUACAGUAUAUGGCCAAAUGUACCACCAGUCACACCGUGCUUACUGAACAAUCUAUUAUGGAUUUAGUCCUCCUUUGCUGUUAUGCCUUCGCAGAAGACUGGAUAUUUUUCUGCUCAAUUUUGGAGCAUUGCUGUAGGGAUUUGCCCGUUCAGCCACAAAAGCAUUGGUGAGGUCAGGCGCUGAUGUUUGGUGAGAAGGCCUGGCACACAGUCGGUAUUCCAGUUCCUCCUAAAGUGUUCAGUGGGCUUGAGGUUAUGGCUUUGUGCAGGCCUCUCGAGUUCUUCCACACCAACCUUUUGUGCACACUGGCAUUACUGUGCUGGGAACAGGUUUGGGCUUCUUGGUUCCAGUGAAGAGAAAUUGUAAUUAUACAGUAUACAGUUGUGUGCAACCUCCUUUCAAAGAUCAAACUUUGUGGUGACAGAUUGGGGAAGACUCGCAUGUGGGUGUGAUGGUCAGGUGUCCACAAACUUUUGGCCAUAUAGUGUGUCUGUGUGUUCUCAACGCAUGCUCAUGAGAAAUUUGUCCAAUACCAGCAAUUGAAGAAGGUGAUAGGAUUUUAUUUAAUUUCAUACAAAUUAAUCAGAAAUUAUCUGAUCAUUAACAUUAGAAGAGAAUCUGUUCAGAUCAGUUGAGCUGUGUGAAUUGGGAAGAGACCAUGUUUAGUUCCUUGUAGGCUACAGUGACCAUUACAUCUAGCAAUGAAAUGGAAGUAACAGAAUUUAAAGAUUGUAUUUUGGUGAAUUAAAAAAAAAAAAAAUCCACUCAUUCAAAGGGUUGAAAUACAAGAUAUCUCUAAAGUAUAAAUCUGCUCCUGCUGUAGUGGAAUGGAUAUAUAAUGGGGGGGGGGGGGGAAUAGGGUGAAGUAUGUGGUGCACAACAAUCAUAACCUGUGGUGUGGGUUUUUUUUUUUUUUUUUUUAAUGCUUGCCAAAAGUCACCCAGGAACCAAUAUGAAACCUUAAUGGAGAAAGUCUAUAUUAGGCCACAGAAAUGGUUCUCUGGUCUUAUUUAAAAAAAUAAUAAUAAUAAUUUUAGGAAAUGUUUACAUUUCCAAGUAACCCAUAAAUGGGGUUUCUUGAAGGUGAGCCAGAUGUGGUGAUCUGAGCAUAGUCCUUGAUUGAGUCCUAAAUCCACGAUUGUGAACCGCAUGUAGCAGCACCGUAAGCUAAUGAAUUUCCCAGUGCUCCUCUGGGGCAGGGUGACUGAACAGUUUACUGCAGACUCUGCAGUCCUACAGAAACACUUCAGUAGCAUGACCGACCAUUUGCUGUCAUUCCCCAGCAUCUCGAACCGUAUACCUUAACCAAAAGAUGCAGGAAACUAAAGAUGGUGACAUCGUCUUCAUAACACAGUCCCAAAUCCCAACAAUCGAAAACGUGUAUAUGAGGUGCUUGUCACUUUGUUCACUCGCACCCCAUCAUUUGGAUCCUUUGUGUGAAAUGGACAUGUGUAUGGUCUUUAACGGUUUACACGAUUUCUUUAAUUUUUUUUUUCAUCGACUCAACCCUGUCGUAACAGGUUUGAAUCGGACAUAUAAUGAAAUUGUAUGGAUUGUCGAUUGCAGCGUUGUAGCAUGACCCAUUUCCCUUUUGAUUUUCCCUGCUUUCUGUAAAGCAUUAGCUUGUCUUGAGGUUUGUCUCUAAAUCAUGAGCUGAACGAAUGCCCUUGGGAAUGCAGAUUGGCAGAACAUCUGGUUUGAUUUCAUAUAGGUGGGGUAUGCUGUGCGUGAAUCAAACUACAGACUGUACUGAAUCUGUUCAGUGGCGUGGAAGAGAAUAAAAGUGUCUCGUAAAGCUAUAGGGUAUCUUCUCUAUUUGACUUUUGGUAACUUGACUUAAAGGCAGCAAGUAGAAAGUGAUUUGAGACCUUCAUGAACCCACACAAACAUUAAGGCUUCUUUCAUAACAUAAGUGUCAGGUCAGAUUUAUAUUGGCAUAAAGCUGGGUUGUGUUAGGUCAUCAUGACAACCAACUUUGACUUUGUAGCUCUGUAUUUAUAGUACAUUUUCCAUUUGAGUAUUUCAAUGAUUUUUUUUAUUAAUGUUUCUGGAAAUUCCAUAGCACUGUCAUGACUGAUUUUAUUAUUAUUUUUCUUAAUUUCUU